ACAUUGUGAGGAUGGACUUGUCCAGUAACAGCAUCACUCAGCUCCGGCCCAAUGAGUUUGUUGCUGCCAGGGACCUGAAGCGUCUAACCUCAGCAGUAACAGUCUGGAUCAGAUCGACACAGCUGCGUUUGCGGGGCUCCUGUACCUGCGAGAGCUGGACCUGUCCAACAACAGCCUGCACUACUUCCAGUACGGAGUGUUGGAGGACCUGUACUUCCUCAGGAUGCUGAAUCUGGGGGAUAACCCCUGGGUCUGUGACUACAACAUCCACUACCUGAUCUACUGGCUGAAGCAUCACCCCGGGGUGGCCUACUCUGGCCUCAUCUGCACCGAGCCUCAGGAGUUCAGGGGCUGGCCCGUGGAGAAUUAUGUCAAGACCUACAACGGAGAGUGUCCCAAGGA